GUUACGCUACGCACUCUGAACCUGAGUCAAGUAGAUUCUUCAUAGGACAAGACUUCCCCGAGGAGACCAUGGAGUGCCAGGUGUGCCUGGAGCAAUUCAACUUGGUGGAGCGUCGGCCGAAGGUCCUUCCAUGUGGGCACUCGUAUUGCUUGAAGUGUCUCCAGCAACUUCCGACCAAAGAGUGUCCCCUGCACAAAAAGGAAUUCCUCGCCGCCCCAGAAGAGUUGGUGGACAACUUCUCGCUGCUUGACACUCCCAACAGGCCGCCACGCUUCUGGUGCAUCUCGUGCAAGAAGGAGGCGUCGGACAAGUGCGUGGAGGACCACGCCGUGCGCAGCCUCAAGAAGAAGCGGGGCAACGAGGUGGAGCGGCCCCUGCAGGCGCUGCAGCAAGGCAAGGUGGGCCUGUCUAAGCUGGAAGCAACGCUGGCGUCUGCCCACCGCGACUUCGUUUUGCAGGAAUGCUUGGAAGAGCUCCAGCGGGUAAAGGCUGAUCUGGACACGGCCCGGGAGCGCGUGCAGGACGCGAUGGAGGUGGACUCCGCUGGCUGGAAGCGGGCCAAGGAGGCUGCAGUGCCAGGAGGAUUAGCCAGAGACGCUGCCCCUUUGGCGGCCGACCUGUCGGACCCGUCGGUCGAGUGCAGUGUCACGGUGCGCCGCGGCGGCGUCGAGGCGUGGCAGGGGGUCGUGAAGCCCGCGGACGAAGCGGCGGCCAGGCUCCUGCUGUGCCGACUGGCGUGCUCCGGGAAGCUGAAGCAAACUGCCCAGCAAGACGUGGUACACUGGGAAGAGAGCACCAACACUGCGAACUUGAGCGGGGCGGACAUGAAGUCCUUAAUGGUGAAAGGCAGCAGAGUGGCGCGCGUCUGGAGACGGGGUCAGGAGUACAAGGACUACGAAGGCACACCUCCCGGGCCUGGAAUUGUGGAUGGUUUUUGCUGUAAGGAGGAUGCGGUCAGUGUGACGUGGGACCGCACUGGCCAGGUCGGCUUGUAUUGGAUGAAGCCGUCGAGUUACGACCUCCGUCCCCUGCCACCGCUGUUGGAAGCGAAUGUCGGAGCCGCGCUGAAGGCCCUUUGCGUCGAUUCCAUCAGUGCAUGCGCUGACAUGAAACCCAGAUGGAAGUUACUGGCUGACACCAGCUUUGGCGAGGUAACUUAG